AUGAUUCGUCAACCCAGUGGUGUGAUCAUCGCAGGUCCCUCGGGCAGUGGCAAGAGCGAAUUGGUGGAACAAUGGUUACGGUACCUCAACGUCUUUCAAGUCAAACCCCGCAAGAUUGUGUAUGCCUAUGAUCGUUGGCAACCCCGGUUCGAGCGUAUGCAAAAAAAGGAGGGGAUUCAAUUUCAUCGCGGGUUACCGGACCCCCGUCAUUUGACGCAAUGGUUUGGUCGAACGCGCGGAGGGGUACUGGUCUUGGACGACCUGAUGGAAGAAGGGGGACAAGACAAGCGCGUGUUGGAUUUGUUCACCAAAGAUUCGCAUCAUCGCAACAUCACGGUGCUGUAUUUGACGCAAGAUUUAUUCCCGCCUGGCAAAUUCUCCAAGACCAUUAAUCGCAACGCGCAUUACAUUGUGGCGUUCAAAAACCCCCGGGAUCAAACAGGGAUACGAACCAUUUUAUUGCAAGCCUUUCCGGAUCGGUGGCGUCAAGUCUUGCGCCUAUUUAAACGCAUCACAGCCCGUCCCUUUGGCUAUUUGAUGUUGGAUGUGCAUCCUGCGUCGGAUGAUCGCUACCGUUUGUGGAGUCAUUUAACGCCCCGAGAAGGCAAAGCGCAAGUCCACACCUUGCGUGCGGAUGUCCCUGCCGUUCGAAAACGCGCUGCUACGAGAACGCGAACGUCAACGGCGGCAAAGAGAAGGCGGACAACAUACUGAGUUAUCAACCCGCAUGGACCCACCCACCCUCUCGCCUGCUGGCGUGGGCUCCCCGUCCUCUCCUUCAGUCCUCCGGGAUCUCAGCAACAUGACGGACAUGGUGGCCGAAUUGACUCGACCGGUGGAUCGUGCCCAAUUGAAUCAAGAGAUUGAGGAUUUCAAUUUGACCUACCCGGUCAAUGUGGACGAUGACUUGAAUGCGUUUACGUUACCGCCCGUGGCGGGUACUGGCACGGCCCCCGCCACCACCACCACUACCACGGCACCGCCACCACCACCCACCAUCACCACAGCCACCCAAACCCGUCCUACCACGUCGACCCGAACACGCCCCACCACCACUACCACCACCAGCCGACCACGACCCGUCACCUCCACCCGAACACGCCCUGCCACCACCGCCACGACCACCACGGCUCCCUCACGCCCCUCUACCUCUCGCCGCAGCGCUGGGGCAGGCACCAGGACCACCACCUCCACGGUGACAACCCCCACCGGACGCCCCACCAUUGCUGCCAAACAACCGCGACGACGUCCCCGUGUACCCUCCCCACCGUCCCCCGAUUCGUCCCCUCCGUCCGAUGACGAGGACGACGAUGAUGAUGACGAACGACGGCGAGGCUUAAGGCGACGGUUGGAUUUGUUGAAUGAAGAUGCUCAACAACGGGCUCGAGGCCGACGGAUUCGCAACAUCACGCACACCAAUACAGUCACCACCGUCUACGAAGAUGGAGGAGGACGACCAUCGGUACGUCGCACGUCCACCCGCACGUCCAGUCCACCCAGAACCCCACGCCGAGGACGGGGCCGGGGCCGUGGCCGAGCACGCGGACGGGGUCGAGCCCGUGGACGAGGUCACAGUUCUGCGUAAACAAAAAAGGAUAUAAAAACAGUGGUCUCCCUUCCAUCGUCCUAAAAAUGUGUGGUCGUUGUCGACACGCGAUGUGUGGCCAAUGUCGAGGCGCCCAACGCACACGCACCACGACUCGACGACCACGUCGACGUAGGAUCAAGGGUGGGAAGGCACCGUUCGUGGUGGAUAUCAAGAAAGGCUUCAAGUUGUUGACAGACCCGGGUAUGUGGAAGAUUCCUUCCAAAGCCGACAUACAGGCCGACAAACGACGAGUGGCCAACUAUAAACGCCAGUAUCGCGCGAGUGGUAGCAAGGAGUCGUACAACAAGUGGUUGGUCAAGAAGGGGUAUGCCAAAAAAGUGGGUGGGUGCAGCUUAAUGUGAAAAUGUAUAAAAAAGAGGCUCAAAGUGUUCAGCUCUCAAAAAGAGUCGUCAUGGGACCCAAACGCAAACGCAAACGCUCUACGACUCGACGGUCCGCCAAACGACGACGGCGUGUGAGUCAAGUGGGGGGUGUCGGGGUCGGCCUGCCCAUAGACAUCAUGAAAGCUGGGUAUGGGAUCACCAAAGCCAUCGGGGAUCAUCAAACCAAGCGUGCCAUCAAAAUUGGUGAAAAACGUCGACGAGAAGUGGCUUCAGGCAAACGGAAACGCUAUGCGGGGGAAUCCUUUAAUUGUUCAAUCAUGUGAAAACGUAUAAAAAGACCUUUGUGGGCCUGAACAGGGGUUAGUUGAACGAUGGUCCGUGGACCCAACGGUCGCCGACAUCGUUAUGUCCCUCGAAUACGACGCCGGCGACGUGGACUCCAACGCGGCGCUAGGUUACCGCUUUUGGCAAUGGCUCUCUCGCCUAUGUGGCUCAGGAAAUACAAACCAAGAGUCCGUCUUCGACGCCCGAACUAACCGACGACGACCUAAACGAAAAGCCGUCACGUUUGCGUUGGAUUGGGACGACCAGUAUGAAGCGGCCUUGUGUGCACGGUGUCGACAUCACAUGCAAACGCAUUAUCAUGGCGAAUUGUGUGGUCGGUGUGGCGCCAUUUUUACCAUAAAUAGACCUUGGUCAUUGCCUGAACUCAAGAUUCAUCAUGGGGUGGCGCAUGGAACGUCAAGCCCCGUUCUUAAAAAGUGUCUUACAAGAAGCCAAUCAACACAAACGACAAGAAUUGUUGCGGAUGGCCAAUGCGGAUCAGAUCAAUGCUGUCAGUGAAUUGGUGAUGAACACCCUCCGUGGCACCGUGCCCCGUUCCCGACACACCAUCACGUUACUCAAACCCCACGCCCAGAGUCUACGCGCUAUGGCCAAACCUGCCCAUUCGGUCAAACGACGACGCGCCAUCAUGAUGGCUCAAAAAGGGGGUGCCCUCUGGCCUGAACUCUACCGAUGUUAUAAACGUUGCAUGCGCUAGACAAGACCCCUCAGUUGCACCAUGGAACCCGAGAUGGUGAGCACCACGGUGGACAACGCCCCGGCUUUUUUACAAUUACGAGAUCAGUACAAACAAGAAUUGGUGGAAGAUACCCGCUUGACCAAAGCGGCUGAUUUAGCGGCCAAACAACAUGUGCUCCUGACCAGCGAUGUCCCCGAUGCUUGGAAACGACCUCAACUCAAAGCCGUGAGCCGUCAAUUACGCCAUUGGACCAAAAAAGUGCGCCAACCGUUUGGAGCUCCGACGGGGGGUGUGAGUGCCGUAGGAGCCACGACCCCGGGCGACGAUGAUUUUGAGGCGGGCCCCAUGCAAGCUUGGUUCACGCAAUUGGUCAAGGCCACCCAGGGUAUAAAACAAGCAUCCACGCCUGGAGGGUCCAGAAAACCACCUGUCCCGCCCAAACCGAACAUCACGCCCAGUGCCAAAAAGAAACUCAAGUUCACCACCCCGUUGAGCAGUGCCGAGUUGGCCAAAGAGUUGCCCUUUACAGAAGACGCUGCCCCGAAACCUUGGGAUACCCCCUCCUUGGCGGUCAAGCGUAAAAUCAGACAGAAAGCCAAAGCGGUGGUCAAAAAGAGAGCCACCGAGGUGGCCAAAAAGAAAGCCGCCGGUUGGGCCAAGAAAGCCUUGGAUUGGAAAUCGUGGAAAACCCCGUGA